UCAGUUACUGAAGCAGCGACGCGCCUUACAGUGUUGGAUCCGCGCUAUCGCCGAAGUUUUUCUGGCCUCGGUGAAGUGCGGGUGACCACCGGGACCAGUCGUGAGGUGUUGGAUCUCUCGAUUUGGUGCUGUGUGUGAGGAGAUCGAAUCGGUUCCGGGAUUUGGAGCUGUACCCAGCAGUCGGUUUUGCUUCAGUGUAUCUGCAACGGAACGGGAGUGCUGCUGCUGCCUGGGAGGCGAUCGAUCUGUGUCUUGGGAGGAGGAGGGGGAGGAGGAGGAGUCAAUCGGAUACCUAUUUGUGAUAUUUGUGGUGAAUUUGGAUAAUCUGACCGAAAUUCACUUGAUCGAUGUUGUGGAGUUGUCUCUUUUGAACGCAAGGAUUCAUGUGGUUGAGCUGUCGGUAGCGCAUCGGUACCAGAGGUAAGAAAUCACGUCAGUGGAAGUGUGCCAAGAGGGGUGACUUAAGAAUUGAAGUGCCAGAGCCUCUUCGAAGAUGAAUAUUUUUAAGAAGAAGCCGGACCCAAAAGAGGUGCUCCGAGCCAGUAAACGUGAGAUGUCCGUUGCCACGAGAGGUUUUGACCGAGAGAUUGGUGCUUUGCAGAUUGAGGAAAAGAAGCUAGUAGCUGAGAUAAAAAAGACUGCAAAAACUGGAAAUGAUGCAGCAACGAAGAUUUUGGCUCGCCAAUUAAUUCGGCUGAGGCAGCAGAUAGCUAAGCUGCAAGGCAGCAAGGCGCAACUGCGUGGUGUUGCCACUCAUACACAGGCUAUGCAUGCAAAUACGGCCGUGGCAGGUGCCAUGAAGGGGGCGACCAAGGCUAUGGCCAGUAUGAACAAGCAAAUGGACCCUGCGAAGCAAGCUAAAAUCAUGCAGGAGUUUCAGCGGCAGUCAGCUCAAAUGGAUAUGACGACGGAAAUGAUGUCGGAUUCAAUCGACGAUGCUUUGGAUGAUGAUGAAGCUGAGGAAGAGACUGAGGAGCUUACCAACCAGAUCUUGGAUGAAAUCGGUGUUGACAUCUCAGCCCAGAUGUCCGCUGCACCGAAGGGAGGACUUGCAAGCAAAUCAGGAACUAAAGCGGCCAGCAGCUCGAAUAUUGAUGAUCUGGAGUCGAGGUUAGCUGCUUUACGAAGUGGCUGAGGAGCAAAUGUACCUCCAGUUUUGUGUGUAUAACUGAAGCUGGUGCUGAUAAUUGUGCUCCAUUUUGGGCAGUUGUAUAAAUUAUCCAGCACAUAUGCAGAUUGAUUCUUGGGCCUCCUUUUGCUGCCUGAGUGUUGCAAUUCAAUUGCUAACUGUCUCUGUCCAACUCUUUCGUGGAUCUGAUCCUGCCCAAGCUGUGGUGUGCUGUGUUGGAGCAAAGGUUGCUGGUGUGCUGAUUGGAGCUCUCAAACGGGUGUGGUUCUUGUAAUAUGAUAUUAGCAACUAAAACAGGUAAUGAAGAUGUAUCAACCAAGUCGAUCUGACUUCAAACAUCAAGGUCUCUUUGGACUCGAUCAACAUAGGUCUUAUUUAAUUUUUAUUAAAUUUGUGUUUCACACAAAAUUUAUUUUAUUUAGCUAUUUUAAUAUUUUGUGUCUGUUUAUUUAUAAUAUAUAUAUUUUUUAAGAGAA